AUGGAAAAGCCACUUUUAGUAUUUUGGCAAUGCGUCAUUGGCCCAAAACUGUAUCAGAUUUAUCCUAAUUCUCUUCCACGCGAUCAACAACUCACUCAUUUGUAUCGAAAGAAUAUUUCUGAAAUUGUCAGCGAUAGUAUUCUUCUAUGUCUCAAAGCAUCUUUCGGUAUUUUUCGAAUGAUUUGGCCAUUAUGUUUCUGGUAUUAUUAUCAAACCGAUUCGUUUACCUAUGAAAAUGGAAUAUCAUUUGUUGAAAAUGCGAUUUGCAUUUCAAUCAUAGGAAUCUAUUUCAUGUUAAUACGAUUUAGUCGUUACAUAAAUCCAACCUAUCAAAGUUUUGCAAAAGAACUUUUGAAUCUAAAGACUAAUCCGACAAAAGAAGUUCGACAAACAUUUCUAUCGAACUUUGAUUUUUCCAUAUCACAUUGGAAACCAGAUUAUGUUAUGAAUACAUCGAUUGCGCAUGAGAUGCCCACAGUGUCUUCUUUAAACAUAGAAACAACCUAUGCUGAACGGAUUCUACAUUAUCCGAUUCUCUUACUCGGUUAUAUUGGUAUCAAUAUGAUUGGCCGUCGUUUACUGUUUCCUGGAAGUUUACAGAUCAUUCGUUUCAUUAGGCAUCAGUAUUUACUCAAUGGGCGAAUGAAUUUAAUCGUAUCUUAUCGCGCAAAGCGUUGCCUAUUACGAACACCUGAUGGAAAUACCAUCGAUACAGUUUUCAUUGAUCGACGUCCGUCUGAACUCGGUCAAACAUUGGUAAUUACAUGUGAAGGUAAUGCAGGAUUUUAUGAAAUAGGUUGCAUGAUGACAGCAAUUAGAAAUGGCUAUUCAGUAUUCGGAUGGAAUAGACCAGGAUUUGGUGAAAGUUCGGGUUAUCCAAGUGUUCUUUCCGAAAUCAAUGCUAUUGAUACAAUCCUAAAUUAUAUUACUGAACAACUUCAUUUUCCUAUCGAUCAAAUUGUUCUAUAUGCUUGGUCAAUGGGGGGCUAUGCCGCCUGCUGGGCAGCUGUACAUUAUCAAAGUAUUCAUGGGCUUAUCCUCGAUGCGAUAUUUGAUGAUAUUCUACCAUUAGCACAACGUCAGAUGCCAUCAUUUACAUCCAAAUUGGUCGAAAAAGCUAUUCGUUAUCAUUUUAAUCUAGAUAAUGUACAUCUGCUGAAAUCUUACAAUGGACCAUUUAUUCUUAUCCGUCGUACGUACGAUGAAGUAAUGAAUCUUACUCCAAACCGAUUCGAAACUAAUCGGGUAAAUACUCUUCUUCUUCAUAUUUUACCGUAUCGGUAUCCUCAUAUAUACAAGUUUAACGAUGAAUCAAUGCUCCUCUUACGAGAAUAUCUUUCAGCGAACGAAGAACAACGUGCAACCUUGUUCAAUACCUAUUGUUCAGAUAAUUUACAAAUCGAAAUCGAUAACUAUCGUUCAGAACACUCCAUUGUCUUCUAUCCUUGUUCAUUCGGUUUGUACUGUAAUUCAUUACGUUAUUAUUAA